AUGGCUGUGAUUACAGAGAUUGAGAGUGACGAUGAACUGCCGCCGCUCGUGCAAAGUGGUUCAGCCACCUCGCAGAAGGGGGCACCUGCAAAGGAGAGGUUAACGCAGAUCCCCAGACAGGCUGUGCCCGUGAAUGAUGAGAGUGACGAUGAGGAUGACGACGAGCUUCCUCCCCUGAUCAGUAGCACAGGAAAGGUGGACGAAGCGCCCAAGAAGGAAGUGCCGCCUCCUGCCAAGAUGCCUGAAGCCAAAGCAAGCCCGGCAGCACGUGGACUUGGAGCUGGCAACCGGCAGCAGAUUGAGCCGCCUGUAGCAGCCAAAGCUGAUGCAGCGAAAGCUGUUGCGGCGAAAGCUGAUGUGGCGAAAGCUGAUGCGAAGGAGGCAGACGACAAAGUCUUGUCCCGGGACGACCUGGAUGAUGCGAUCGAGGUUUUGGAGGAUGGACACUACGAAGAUGCUGAGUUCCUUGCUGGAGAGGCAAGGAGCCAGGCGGCCAGUGAGGGCGACGCCGCACGGGAGGCUGAUGCCCUGCGCGUGGUCACCAAGGCCCAAAUCAAGGAAGCGGAAAGUCAAGGCUUCGAUGCCCCGGACUCUGACGUGCUGGAGAAAGCGCUUAAGGCGGCUUCAAGCGAGGCCUUCGCCUUUGAGAAGAGUGGGCAAUUCGUUGCCAAGGCCAUCAUGCAGUUGGCCUCAGCCGAGAUCUUCCUGGCGAUGGACAGCCACGCGGAAGCGCUCCCCAUGGCUCAGCAAGCUUUGUCAACCCUGGAGCAGGCAGACGCCAGCAGGGAACGAAAAGGCAUGGCCUAUCGGUCGCUGGUGGACAUCUACCUUGCACAGGGCCGCCACUCCUUGGUGGCGAUCACGACGGAGCGCGUCAAGGAGCACAUUCUGAAGCCCUCCACAAGACAAGAGGCUCGUGAAUUGGCAGGAGCUCUGCUGAGUUGUGCCAAGGCUCGUGUUGCGGCAUCAGAGGCAGUGGCCGCCGUGGAGGCAGCGGAGCAGGCUGGUGCCUUGUUUGAACGCAUGGGCGACGCACGGCAGACAGCACUGGCAGCCUGUGAAGAAGCAAAGGCUUACAAUCUCAUGAAGGGAUCACAGAUUGCGGCACGGCGGACGGCCUCAAGGGCUUUGGCAUUGGCAAGAGAGACCUGCGACAGCAAGAUAGAGGCUGAAGCAUGCCUUUGCUCAUGCAUGGCCUAUGUGAAUGCUCAGCAAGGACCUGAAGCCUUGAAGGCUGGAAAGCAGGCCUUGUCCUUGGCCCAGGAGGUCCGGGACAUCGAGAUGAUUGGGCAAGCCAUUCAGGCCUUGAUGCAGAUCAGUGGGCAGGAGAAAGCCAGCCAAAUCGCUGAGGAGGAGUUGAUGAUGGCAAAGAAGGUUGGGGACCGUCGCCGUGAGGCGAAUGCCCAGCAAAAAAUGGCAGCUGCCAUGGCUUUGCAGGACCGGCCGCGCGAGGCCAUCCGCCGGGGGGACCGAAGCCAUGGAGCAAUUGCGGCAGGUGGGCGACCUCAAGGGCGAAGCCAAGGCUGCCCAGAUGCUGGUGGAAUUGCAAUGCCAGGGGAAGAGGAUGAUGGAGGCAAAGCGUUCAGCCAAGGACGCCCAACGGAUUUUCAAGGAGAUUGGAGAUCCCAAGGGCUGCGUGGGUGUUCUGCAGUACCUGACUUCAGUUUUCUUGGAGGCUGGCGAGCAACAUGA